GUGCCGCCGUCAGGUGACUUGGGGAAGAUGGCCGCGUUGACAGGGGAGAAUUUCGCGGCGCUCCAGAGCUUGCUGAAGGCCUCCUCAAAAGAUGUUGUCAGACAGCUGUGCCAGGAGAGCUUUUCCAGUUCAGCCCUUGGCUCAGAAAAACUCUUGGAUAUUACACGUUCCAGCUUGUCUGUGACCCAGGAGGAAGCAGAGCAACUGCUCCAGGCCCUGCACCGCCUCACCAGGCUGGUGGUGUUCCGCGACCUGUCCUCUGCCGAGGCGAUCCUGGCUCUCUUUCCCGAGACUUUCCACCAAAACCUCAAAAACCUGCUGACGAAAAUCAUCCUAGAACACGUCUCUACUUGGCGAACGGAAGCCCAGGCAAAUCAGAUCUCUCUGCCGCGCCUGGUCGACCUGGACUGGAGAGUGGACAUCAAGACCUCCUCCGACAGCAUCAGCCGCAUGGCCGUCCCCACCUGCCUGCUGCAGAUGAAGAUCCAGGAAGAUCCUAGUCUGUGUGGAGAUAAGCCCUCCAUCUCAGCGGUCACUGUGGAGCUGAGUAAGGAAACGCUGGACACUAUGCUAGACGGCCUGGGCCGCAUCCGCGACCAGCUCUCCACCGUGGCCAACAAAUGACCCCAGCCAGCUGUCGGCCCCACGGCCAGUCCCCAGCUGCUGGCCAGCGGUGUGCGCCUCCCAGCCCCCAGAGCAGCAGCUGUGGCCGUUGGCGGGCCGGGUGGUGGGGACCGGGAUGGGGCUGCCCUCUGGCAGGCACGACUGGACCGGGAGGAAGUGGCCGUGGCCCCACGCUGUUCUCCUCACUCGUCAUUUUCUCGUCUUUCUGCUGCGGCUGAGCAGAAGCGUCCGUCUCUGGAAGACUCCCAUCACCGCUGCGGCGGUGUGAGGGCCGUCCGCACCAUCAGCUGUCCCUGCGUGGCUGGCUGGAAAACUCAGGCCCACCCUGGGGAGCUCAUCUAAGAAGUUCCUUUCCAGCAUGAGGUCUGGUUGAUCCGUUUCCAGCCUGGGAACACAGGGGGCAUCAUGUGGGUGAGGCCAGCAGUUCCCGCUUCUCUGGAAGACUGGCAGAGCCCGUAGAGCAGGGCCGCUGCAGUGGGGCCCACGCCCGGCCUCAGUGCAGAGCCUUCCCGAGCCCCCUCAACCCCGCGGGCCCUCUUCCAGCGUAGGCAGUCUGGGAUGGGUGCACAUUUCCUCCUUCGUGAAGCUAGAGGGCCCUUCCUUGAUACAAUUCAUCCAUUCCAGGGAAAGAAGUGGGAAUGACUGGAAAUAAAUAAUCAUUCGAAAAACUU